UCAGGGAAAGUACCUGGGCAGGCCUGGCUACCCCGCCCCUCGCUUGUGCAUAGGCCGCAUCUCUAGCAGGUUAGGUGCCUCCCCCUUUAGGGGCGGGUUUUAGGAGAGGAGGAAGUCUGUAAUGUGCGAGAGGAGGCGGCGUGGAUUAGCGAAGGAGGCGGACAGUGGUACAUUGAGACCCCGGGAUAUGAUCCCUGUGAUGCUGCUGCUAUUCAACAGGUGAGACCGGAGCCCAGAUCUGAUGCCGCAGUGAGAUAAACAGACAGGGGCUUCCCAGCAGGUGAAAAUUGAAGUACAGUAGGGAAGGUGAGGUCAUUACAUUUCUCCAGCCAUGGAAGUGGAUAAACACUCUGUUUGGGAUUCCCUAAAAGAAAAGACUCGUCCUUUAAUUCAAAACUUGUCCAUGAGGAAAAGCAAGAAAAAUUCACUCAAAGUAGAUAUCAAGAAAAGGCGCAAACUGGGUCAACAGAUGAGUUUGUCAGUGCCUAAUAUGAAAGAGAUUGGAUGUAUGACACAAGAAGAGAAUGAUUACAAAGAAACUCAGGUGUCUGCCUGCUCAGUCUCCAACCGCUAUUCAUCUCCUAUGCUCUUUCACAGCAGACAAAGGGAAUAUUUUAAACAAUCCAAAGAAACCAACACUUGGGUUCAAGAGGACAGUGUGCAUAUGAAAAUUAUAGUGACCGAAUAUGAUGAUUUGGACUGUUCACAAUCGGGACCAAAGAAUGACACUUGUGAGGAUAAUAUAUUAGACUUGCUGCAGAAGGAAUGCUUAGGUGAUGAUCCAUCUGAUCAGAAGCCUGAGGAACGUUCAGGCAGUAUUGAUCUGAAUUCAUCACUGGCAUCCCAGCUUUCUGCCGAACUAAGUGGUCUUGAAAACUAUGAUUGCCUCAACACUUCACCCAGUCUAGUGUCUUAUCUCUUGACCAUCCACCUGAAAGAGGGGCGGAAUCUAGUAAUCCGGGAUCGCUCAGGUACCAGUGACCCUUAUGUCAAGUUUAAACUCAAAAAGAAGACCUUGUACAAAAGCAAAGUGAUCUACAAGAAUCUAAAUCCGGUUUGGGAUGAGACUUUUGUGUUGCCAAUCCAGAGCCUUGACCAAAAACUACACAUAAAGGUUUAUGACCGAGACUUGACAACAGACGAUUUUAUGGGAUCUGCUUUUCUAGAACUUCAAGACCUUGAACUUAACAAAACUACAGAAAAAAUAUUCGAUCUAGAAGAUCCAAAUAGCUUGGAGGAAGACAUGGGCAUAAUCUUGGCAGAUGUUAUCCUUUCUAUCAGGAGGAGAGACCCCAAAGACACUGGACGAUCCUCACGAAGGAGACUUGGUGCAUCUAAGGCGACCUCCUUGCAAGGUGUGCAGUUAUCAGAAUCCCUUCUGAAGAAUCAACUGUGGAAUGGAACAGUGAGCAUUACUUUGCUGGAAGGGCGAAACCUUUCCGAAGGGCUCACAUUAGAUUCUUUUGUGAGGUUUAAGCUUGGAGACCAAAAGUACAGAAGCAAGACACUGUGUAAGAGUGCAAACCCACAGUGGAGAGAACACUUUGACUUCCACUACUUCUCUGACAGAAUUGGCAUUUUGGAUAUUGAAGUUUGGGUGAAAGAUAACCGAAAACAUGAAGAAUUGGUGGGGAUGUGUAAAGUGGAUAUUGCUGGGUUACCUCACCAGCAGAACAAUCGAUUGAUGCUGCCUUUGGAGAAUAACCAAGGAUCAAUACAUAUGAUGAUAGCACUUACACCCUGUGACUGUGUCUCCAUUUCUGAUCUGUGUGUCUGUCCCUUGGUAGAUCCAGCUGAAAGAAUGCAAAUGAAUAAAAGAUAUAAUUUUAAAAGCUCCUUCCAGAAUCUAAAAGAUAUUGGCUUUUUACAAGUUAAAAUACUAAAAGCUGAGGACCUUUUGGCAGCUGAUUUUUCAGGGAAAAGUGAUCCAUUUUGUGUCUUGGAAGUGGGAAAUGAUAGGCUUCAGACUCAUACAGUAUACAAAAAUCUCAACCCAGAAUGGAACAAAGUAUUCACUUUCCCCAUUAAAGAUAUCCACGAUGUUUUGUACAUUACCAUCUUUGAUGAAGAUGGGGAUAAGCCGCCUGACUUUCUGGGGAAAGUAGCAAUUCCAUUGUUAUCUGUAAAACAUGGACAACAGGUAGCUUAUCCACUAAAGAAUAAAGACUUGGGCAGCGCAUCGAAAGGAGUCCUCCAUUUAGAAAUUGAUUUAAUUUUUAACCUGGUGAGAGCAGGUAUUCGGACGUUUAAUCCUCGAGAAACGCGGUUUGUUGAAGAGAACCCCAAGUUAUCCAAAAAGAUCUUAUCUCGAAAUAUUUACCGCGUCAAAAAAAUCACCAUGGCAAUCUGGAAUACAGUCCAGUUCAUCAAGAGCUGCUUUCAGUGGGAGUCCAAAAAGAAGAGUUUAAUCGCUUUCUUGGUGUUUUUGUUAACCAUUUGGCACCUGGAGCUUUACAUGGUUCCCCUGUUCCUGCUGGUCCUCUUUGCUUACAACUUCGCCAUGAUCACAACUGGGAAGGUCAACACUCAGGACAACCUGGAAGGAAUGGACAUCGGUGAUGAUGAUGAAGAUGAUGAAAAAGAAUCUGAACGAAAGAGCAUCAGAGACAGAAUUCAUAUGAUACAAGACAUUGUUAUCACGGUUCAGAAUAUUUUAGAAGAACUUGCAUGCUUUGGUGAAAGGACUAAAAACACUUUUAACUGGAGUGUUCCGUUCCUGUCUCUACUUGCCUGUUUAAUUUUGUCGAUCGCCACAGUGCUCCUGUACUUUAUACCAUUAAGGUACAUUGUCCUAAUUUGGGGCAUCAAUAAAUUUACAAAGAAGCUACGUAACCCUUAUGCCUUAGACAACAACGAAUUUCUAGAUUUCCUCUCCAGGGUACCGUCUGAUGUCCAAAAGGUGCAGUAUGCAGAAUUAAAACCUGGCAGUAACCAAGGUGCCCUCAGGAAGAAACGGAGUUGAUUUUGAGAAGAUGACCAGCAUUGAGAUUUAUUUACAAAAAUAUUUUCAUUUUUGUAGAAUGAACACUAAUUCAUCAUAUCAAACUUGGACUUUUUGGAAAAAGACAAUGACAGGGGUACUGGUUAUCCCCUAACUACCUUUUCUAGCCAGUGACACCUAAUUCCACCAAGUCUAUUCAUUGGUAGAUUCCAGUUUCAGCUCAAGCACCUUGUAUGGAUUUUCCCUAGAAAAUAGUUUUAAGGAGAAUAGGGUAACAAAUGAAAGCACAGAGGCUAGCUGUAAUGUUUUAUAUGUUUUGUAACAAUGUAUUUUUUAUGUUUAUUUUUGUAAAGGGAAGGCCGAUGACUGCACCAGCCAGAACACCUUAGGGCUCACAAAUAUCUGAUGCUGUCCCCAUGUUUUUGUUUUUUUGUGUUUUUUUUUAUAAUCCACAAUGCAUCAUUUUCCAGAAUCCCAACAUAAUUGUGUGCACCCAUAAAAUAGCAUGUGCCUCUAGUUUGUGUAUUCAUUGAUAGACCUAUUGCAUGGGUCUGUUGUUGCUAUUGCGUCAAUGGGGUUUGAGAUUGUAAAGGAGCAAGUAAGAUGCAUGUGUAGGUGCAAUACACAAAGGGAGGCCUGGAAGUAAAACCUCCUCAAGGAAGAUUGUAAAUCCAGGGCUUCCAUGCAUCACAGUGCCCUGCACCUUCCACCUCAAUCUGGAAAGAGGAAGCAACCGACAGUUAGAUGCACGUUAGGGUUCUACUGGUUUAACUCAAAUAUUUUUGUAAUAAGGAUAUAUGCAAUGUUGUGCUUUGCUUGCACCUUGCUUGCACCUUUCAUUUGUGUCUUUAAAGAGAUGCUGUCAUGGGAUUUUUUUUUUUUCAAAAUGAAUCAGUUGAUAGUGCUGAUCCAGCAGAAUUCUGCACUGAA